AUGUUCAGAACUCGUCUCCCCCAAUCCAUAACAGCAAAGUCGGCCACGGUUGUCGCUUUACUAGGCGUUGGAGCUUAUUGUGCCCAGUCACGUCUUAUGUCAACUGCCAAUGCAGAGUCAAAUGAGCCUCCAAGAGUCUUCUCAGGAUUUGGAUUUACCACCUUGCGCCUGAAAAGCACGAAAGAUGUAAAUCACAACACGAAACGCCUCGUUUUCGAGUUUCCGGACCAGAACGCCACAAGCGGAUUGACAUUAACUUCGGCACUCCUCACCAUAUCCCGUCCCGAAGGGCGCUGGUUCCCCGUACUACGCCCAUAUACACCCAUCAGCGAUCUAAAUCAAGAAGGUCAGAUCGAGUUCAUGAUCAAGAAAUACCCAAACGGCAAAGCGAGCAGCCACAUCCACUCGCUUGCCCCAGGAGAUACCCUCACAUUCGCGGCGGCACUCAAAGGACACGCCUGGACACCGAACCAAUCCCCGCAAGUCUACCUCAUAGCAGGCGGGGCCGGUAUUACACCAAUCUACCAGCUUGCGCAGGGCAUUCUCAAUAAUCCAGCCGACAAAACUAAAAUCAACCUCGUCUUCGGCGUCAAUACUGAGCAGGAUCUGCUUCUACGAGAAGAGCUGGAGAGCUUCAAGACGCGCUUCCCGGGUCGCUUUGACUAUAUUUACACAGUUAGUCACCCUGAGGGACAGAAUGAUGGCUUCAGGAAGGGGUAUGUUACUGAGGAGCUGUUGCGGGAUGUUGUAAAGGCCGAUGGUGAUGCGAAGGUCUUUGUUUGCGGACCUCCUGCUAUGGAGGAUUCUUUGGUUGGAUCGCGAUCCCAAAUGGGUAUUUUGGCUCGGCUUGGGUUUGCAAAGGGUCAGAUUGUUAAGUUUUAG